GCGCCCCAAAAUGUUCUGCAAACUCAGCUUUCUCAUUUGGUGCUAAAGUUUGUAGAUGCAGUUUUUGGUUAGGUAGCGAAGACUUAACUUUUUCUUGGGAUUGAAUAAUAUUCCGUCAAUGGAUACAUGUGUAUUCCGUAAUCCUGAGCCUUCUCUCCAAGUCUCUGCCCAUUUCAUUCUCCCCACCAUACCCUGGUCCCUCUUCUCCAACCCUCAACAUGGGAGUAGUCAAUUUGUCAAUACUAUACAGAAGAUGGACUACCAGGCAAUGUAUAUGUCGCCACGCAAACGCAAGGUGUUGGGAGACAUACACAACACUACGACAGCCGACUCCCCGAUCUCUCCUACAGCAAAUCUCAAGCUGCUCACCAAGGUGGCGAGUCAGUUCGACUCCAUAGAGAACGCCAACUGCUACCCCAUGUCUGGCACCCCUCCUCACCCCACACAGGUCUCGUGCGAGUUCACCUCUCAGAACCAGCCCAAAGGCAGGCGUGCGCAAGUUUAAAUCCCUAGGAUUCCUAUGCG